CUCAUUUCCCGUCGGAGCUAUAGACCUAAUAGCAAGAGAAACGCACAACCGAUGAUAUCGUCCUGUUUUCCUCGUCAAAUAUAAGCUUAACAUACAAUAUCCACGCAAUGGACGUCACGUGCGCUGACACCGUUUCUUACAAUGGCAUUCUUCAGAUGAACUUAACUGGCACUAUUGGCAGCGAUAGCUACUAUGCGUGUGCAUUUUUAUCAAACUACACAUUGGCACAGAAGUGCUGUGCGCCAGAAAAAGUACAUAGCUUUGACGAAGAUAAAUGCUAUUCGUGGUGCGAUAUGCCAGCGUCGAUGAACGAUGAGAUCGAUACCGAGGGCUUUGACUUGCUAGAUUACAUGAGGAGCUGCUUGAACCAGACUGGAGAAACCAUAGGGCCGCUUUGGUGCCGACUGACGCAGGCACACGCCAUUACUUCCCCUAACAGCAUUUCAACAGACAGCUCGUCGGCGCCAACCAGCACCUUCAGCGCCGAGAAGUUCUGCGCAACGGAAGACCCUCAGACCCUGAUCUCUGUCAAUGACCCGUGGGCAGCAUGUGGGACACUGCCUAACAAUUCAAACCACCUCGCGCUUGAGGCGUGUUGCCAGCCCGCCCCGGUCAAGUGGAGUGUUGUUCAUUGCUACGAGUACUGCUACCUACCCCGAGGAAAUGCGUUUCGCGGCCUAAGUGACUCCCGGAACCUAACGGAUGACCAGAUCUUAGGAAGCUUCAAGACAUGUAUGCUGCAGAAAGGGAACGGGACAGGUUCUGAACUCGAAGGCUUGGUCUGCAGAGUCAACGGAAGUGCGAUUGAUCUCAAGACCACUGCAUUUCAGACAGACCGAUACCUGACUGGAGGAGGUAUUACCAGUGAUUCGAGAUUGGUUUUAAACGUGAAGGGACUUCUCAUCCUUGCGUUAUCAUUGGUGACUGCAUUGGCAUUUCUUGGUUGAGGAUGAUUGGUUGCCAUGCGAUGACAAAUUUGUGGCUAACCCUCACGAUGUUCGCUAUGGCUUUGAUUUGACGGAGCAAGCCUGAGAUACAGAUCUGGCUACCUUCUGGAGGAUUAGUCUACACUCACCGCUAGUUUGUGCAUCCUAUCGCAUUGAAGGCAGCGUGGCGCAACACUGCCCCAAGCGGUUUGAAAAUCAUGCGAAGGGCUUUCAUCAGUCAACAACUUCAUUUGAGGAGGCAAUAUUGCCAAGGCAAGAGGAGGCGUCGCGCUGACCGGAUGGCGGAUGUUGACUCAUAUUUGAAGCCAGCUGUGUGGCAGGGGAAGUGAUCAUAUGGAUAAUAAUAAUACUGAUGCAGAGACUAUAUGUAAAGAAGAGACGCGAGUUGAUCAGGCUGAGGCUGUAAGAAGCACCGGUUGGGAUCUCUUCGUAUUCGUCUUCUCUGCUGUAUUUCCAGCCUGAACCUCUGACUAUUGGAAAGAAUCGAAGCAUCUGUUCGAAAAAAUAAAAAUAAAAAUAAAAAAAUAAAGGGUCCCAAAUUCGCCUCCCCGGCACUG